GCCUUCUGUUACGUUGACGAUGACGUCUAAUGUCGAGGACGCUCAGCGGUGUUUGUUUUCAUAACCACAGCUGUCAUGAAACCUUUCUUAUCCGCACUGGAAGUACUCGGAAUAGUUUGUUGAAUUUCAGCUUUUGUUGCCGAUUAUGUCUCAUUCACUGACCGUGAAAGGUGCGUCAUGUUUCUUCGCCAGUUGAGCAGUGUGGCCACCAGCCUCCAGCCCCAACAUCUCGCCGUCUACCGGCUGGGCCUCAUCUGCUUCACCCCCGUUCUUCCCUCUCCUUCCCGCCUGCUCGCGCCCACUAGGACCAGUCCUCGCCGGCUGUCCACCUCCACCGGCGUCAUGACGGAGCACAGCGAUCACGAGCCUCCUUACAAACGCAUGAGGACCGCCGAAGAAAAGAGGAGCGUAAAAUAUGGGGAUGCAAACAGGGGAGGAGGGCAGAAGUCAAACCAAGGAGGCGGCAGGUCGGAAUCUCGCUCGAGGGACGCAAAUCGACCUGGGAAAGGUCCGAGCAGAGAUGUUCAGAGGGGGCACGCGCCGUCACGGCGUUGCGGGUUCGAACCCGAGCAGAGUGCCGCGGAUGAGGACAUGUUAGGAGGCCGGCCGAGGAGCUUCCUCUCUCACCCCGCAAACUCCUCCGAGCCUCCUCCGCCGGGAGUGGAGUCGGCUGUCAAUCAAGCUCCGUUGCUAGGUCGGGAGACGCUGCUUCACAGAUGCUGGGAGGUGUCACCAGCCUGCAGUGCUAUGGCGCCGCCACGCGGGGGCGACAGAGCUUUUGACUUCUCGGUGAUGUCGUACAACAUCCUGUCCCAGGAGCUGCUGCACGCCAACUCGUACUUGUACCGACACUGCUCGGCGGCAGCGUUGGCCUGGUCGCACCGGCUGCCCAACCUGCUAGCCGAGCUGAGCAAGUACGACGCUGAUGUGCUCUGUCUUCAGGAAGUCCAGCAGGACCACUUUGAAAACCAGAUCAGACCAGCUCUACAGGCACGAGGUUACGAGUGUGUGUACAAAAAGCGCACGGGGAAGAAACCGGACGGUUGCGCCGUGGCUUUCAAGACGUCGCGCCUGCGUCUGCUCUCGUCCAAUCCUGUCGAGUUCUUCCGGCCGGGCGACGCCCUCCUGGACCGUGACAACGUGGGAUUGGUCAUCCUGCUGCAGCCCAAUGACGCCGCCGCGUCCGCCGGCUUCGUGUGCGUGGCCAACACGCACGUGCUGUACAACCCGCGGCGAGGCGACGUCAAGCUGGCCCAGCUGGCCAUCCUAUUGGCCGAGAUCAGCCUCUCGUCCCGCCCCCCGAACGGCUCCCGAAACCCGGUGGUUCUGUGCGGAGACUUCAACUCCACGCCGUACAGUCCGCUCGUCGCUUUCCUCACGACGGGACACCUCCAGUACCAAAACCUUCCCAUCGGCAUGGUGUCCGGUCAGGAGUACGGCUCCCGGGGUCAGCGCCUGUUGGAGAAUCCCAUCUGGUCUCCCACGUUAGGAAUCAACCGGCAGUGCCAGUACGAGAGCACCUGCACCUCCGCCGCGUCCUCGCCCGCCUGCGCCACCGUCGAACGAGGAAUCUCUCAUCUGUCGGUUGAAGACGUCGCCAAACGAGCGACCGCCGACCGAGCGGCCGCCAACAACGCUUUGAAAAGUUGGAGCCUGGAGCACGACCUGCCGCUGCGCUCGUCGUACCCUCCUCGCCUGAUGCCCGACGGCCGCGCCGCCAUCACAACGUGCCACUCGCGCUGCGCCAUGAUGGUGGACUACAUCCUGUACACACCGCGCGAGUCACUUCCUGGUGGGCGGGGCCUCCAGCUGCUGGGCAGGCUGUCAUUGGUGGGCCAGCCGGAGUUGGAGCAAGUCGGCGGUCUGCCCAACUUGCGCCACUCGUCGGACCACCUUCCACUGCUCGCUCGCUUCCGGUGGCUCAUCGCCGACCAUUCGUGACACCAACAGGCAAACCAAGGACUUGAAGGUUUUUAAGUUUUAAAAAAAUAAAUAAAUACUAUUUAAAAAAUAAAAAAUAAAUUAUGUGUGUAUAUAUAUAUAUAUAUAUAUAUAUAUAUAGCGCUUUGUGAUGUAUUCAUCACAGUUUGUUAGGCUUAUGCAAAAAGGAAUUUCUGGGACAAAUGUUUUUGAAGAUAUUUUUCUACGUUUGUCGGACAAUAAUGCAUAAAUCUAAAAUAGAGCAAUUUAUUGAGGAAGGUGUACGAUGUGUUGCUGCUCUAACGUGUCACAUUUUACUGACCUUAAUUAACAAAGUAUGCGAUUAAUGAUUAAAUUAGUUUCUUUUAUUUCCUUUUAUUUUUGUACUUGUUUUUUUAGCCAUGUUUGUAUUGUUUUUUUCAUUCCCAUUUUUUUUUUAUCUUAUUCAAUGAAAAGUAGAAUAAGUAUUAAGCAUGUUUACAUACAAAAAUAUGUACUGUACAAUGGUGCUUUGUUAGUCUUAUGUUGAUUGAAGAUGCGUCUCACAUCCUGUUCGUGGAUGGUUAACGCAGAAGUCGGUGGUGUGAUUAUUGUUUUCAGAGGAACACCUCAUUACUUAAAUGGUUUUGUUUUCAAGCUAGUCAGAAAUUACAUUUGUUAAAAAAAAUAAUAAUACACUGAAGUGCAUCAUGAGACGAAAUGUGGAUACAAAUUAAACACACACAUCAGAAACAGCAUAAGCUGCUGACAUGCGGUCUGGCUCCUACUUCCUGAUCUCUAAGCUACUGCACACAUUAAAUAUUAAGGAUUAUUUCUACAAAUCUGCUUCCUCUGCGUGCACACACGCACGCACACACACACACACACGGCAGUAAAGCAGAUUAUCAGGUGUCAAGCUGUGCACACGUGAUGAAUACGCGUCCUUCAUCUUUCUCCUUCAAACCUCUUUCAGAGAGGUUUAAACAUCAACGGAAGAUAUUUUUCUCAUAUUUUGGUGACCGUAUUUUAGCUGCAUAAAUGAAAACUAGCUCACUUGUAAAAAAUAAAAAUAAAAAAAUAUAUUUUUUUUUUAAAAAAGCU